GAAAGAACAGAGAGCAGACGUGAGUAAGCUGUCGUGGAAGUAUUCUCUGUCAGCGUGAGACGGAAUGUAAAGAAAAUCUGAAAAAAGAGGCGUAUUGAAUAUACAUUGGUGUGUCUGGCAUUUAGUUCAGCUUUAUGUAGCAGCAGAUGCUCUCCCCACAGUGUGACUUCCUUGUGUGUCAGCAGGAGUAGUGGACCCUGUCAUCAGCUGACUGAACUACAGCUCCUUUGACUGAGAAGAAUGUCAGACAGUGGCAACCAAACCUGUCUAAUGGGAGCAGAGGACACUGUUUCCCUCCUGGUGUGUUUGUUCCGUGCAUGGGAAGAAUGGGCAGGACUUGGACAGGUCGAGGACUAUCUGAGUGUUUUGGAGUACCUGUUGUGGGUCUUCACCCCUCUAGCCAUCGUCUUCAUCCUCCCCUUCCUCAUUGUUAUCCUCCUGUACCUCUCUAUACUCUUCCUUCAUGUCUAUAAGAGAAAGAAUCAGCUGAGGGAAGCUUACUGCAACAACCUGUGGGAUGGAGCUAGGAAGACCCUGGCUACCCUUUGGGAUGGACAUGGAGCAAUAUGGCAUGGCUAUGAGAUACAUGGCAUGGAGAAGAUCCCUGACAAAGGACCAGCUCUCAUAGUGUACUACCAUGGAGCCAUUCCAAUUGACUACUACUACUUCCUGGCCAGCGUUAUCAUCCAGAAGGGUCGGACCUGCCACUCUGUGGCUGACCACUUCCUCUUUAAGAUCCCAGGUUUCAAAUUGCUGUUGGAGGUCUUCAGUGUGAUUCAUGGUCCUCAAGAGGAGUGUGUGCGUGCUCUGAGGAAUGGUCACCUGUUGGGGAUUUCUCCAGGAGGAGUGCGGGAAGCUCUGUUUAGUGAUGAGACAUACCCUCUUCUAUGGGGCAAACGCAAAGGUUUUGCCCAGGUGGCCAUUGACUCUCAAGUGCCAGUAAUUCCAAUGUUUACUGAAAAUGUGCGAGAAGGCUUCAGAUCUCUGGGAACACUUAGAUUUUUCCGCUGGGUGUAUGAGAAAUUUCGUAUCCCUGCAGCUCCUGUCUAUGGUGGAUUUCCUGUGAAGUUUCGAACUUUCCUUGGUGAUCCCAUCCCAUAUGACCCAAACAUAAAUGCUUCAGAGUUGGCAGAGAAAGUGCAACAGGCAGUCCAGUCCCUGAUAGACGAGCACCAGCAGAUCCCAGGAAACAUCCUUAGAGCCCUGUUGGAGAGAUUCCAAACCAAACAUAAAGGUCAUUAAUAUUAGAUCCACAAAAAAACUCUCCAGUGUGAAGCCAGCUAGCACGUGUUAUUGGUGCAUACUGUAUAUCUGCAAUGAACACUGGUUUGGUGGCAAAAUAUGUUGAAAUAUUUGCACAAUUUUCUUCACUCCUCAAACAACACUGCACUGAGAGUCGAGGUUCUUUUUCACAGCUGUUUCUAAAACCUCACAUGCCUCUUUUUUGUAUACCCAGACUACAUUUUUCAUCUGCUUAUUCCAAGGAAAGAAUAUGCCUAAAUGUGUGCUUUCUGAAGUGAUAUGUGACUUCACAGUAAUCACAAUAACCAACUCAACAUUUUUAAAAACAAGAUGUUUGAUUUGAAUCUAUUGACAUACAAUUUGCGCUUUACACUGCUCAUUGGUAUUAUAUAGGUUAAACAGUUCAAACGCCAUUUGAAAGGAACAACUCAAUUAAGUGUGAACAUUUAAAUAUUAAGUGACAGGAGCUGAAUGUGCCUGUUAACAAUCAAUCAAAAUUCACAAUAUGCAAAAAUAAGUAUGGACGAUUUUUGUUUGAAAUAAAGCAAAUUAAUAUAACAAAAAAUAAACGAAAUUCAGGAGUGACGGAUGUAGCGAUUAAGCAGAGGUUGGAGUUCAAAGACUUGAAAUGUACAUUUGAGGAUACUAGAACUCAUAGCUACCUUCCCAGAGGAUUUGAAAUCGAUCUGAGAUACAUACAUUAGGAGUAUUUCAAGCAGCUAGGGAUAACUGGUUAAAUAAGUACCUGGGUGAGUAGUUACAUUUUACAUUUUUAAAAUCAUCACCACUGUGUCACUGCAACAGCUUCCAUAUCAAUCUGAAUAUAAGUAAAUAAUAUGAAAGUAAAUGUGUGUGUCUGUGUUUGAGGUAUUGUUCUAUGAACCUAAAUUUGCGUAUGCAAGCAUAUUAUGGGUCAUGUCCUAUCAAGAAGCAAGUCCCCAAAAUGUAACAGAUUCAAUUUUAAAGUCAAGACAUAGCUCUGCAUGUGUAUGUUUGAUGGUGUAAUAUUGUCAUUUUUGUUUCAUUCCUGGAUCUUCAGUGCUUUAUCACUAGUGUUAUUAAAUAAUCAUUUGCCAUGUACAGUUUGUACAAUUUGUGGAUAUUGUGAUUCAGCAAAUUACUUUUUUAAUUUUUAACAUUAUGAGACCAAGUGUGUUUCCAGUGACGUCUAACUGGAUGGAUUGUUGCCAUAUUUAUGUUGUUAGAUUUGAGAUUAUAUGAAAUGUAUUUUUAAAUUAUAUCAAAAUAUUUAUUUUGUUGCACUAUUAAGUAUUGACAUCCUUCAACCACUUAAUAAAUGUAUUUUCUCAAGAUGUA